UUUCUCCUCCAAACCACCCGGAUGUUUACGCUUAUCAGUAGUGGGUAUUUUGAUUCAGUUCAGUUGAUUCAGUAGCUCAAAUCUUUUGAAUCGCCGUUCAGCAAAAAACAUUCGUUCGGAUUGGUCCAGUGGCCCGGCAUGUCAUAUCGUUAAACCAGUAGGUGGCGAGAAGUACGUUUUUUUUUUGCGGCAUUAAUGAAUUAAUGAAAAACAGCUGAAUCACCGAAGUUGUUGAAUCAACCAUUCAACCGACUCGUUAUUCGGCUGAGUCGUUUGCGGCGGCAACAUUCUUUAAACACGACCUCUACAAAUACUCCAGACGUUUUUUCCACAGUUGGAAAUCUACCACUGUACAUUCAUUUUUGUCAAAUGCAUGGCAUGGCUUUUAUCAAGUUAUAAAAACAACAAUUGUAGCACUACAGCCUGAAUAACAUCCUUACUUUUCCACAUACAAGAGGUACUAGUAGACUCCCAGGUUAUUCAAAUGUCCAACGAAAUGCCUCGUUCAGAUUCAAAACACUGACUCGUUCAGUGAAGGGCGUGUUUGUUCAGUAAUUUCAACCAAUGAUAUGCUCCUACACAGCCCAUACUCGAAUGCUAUUUGUCCAUACUAUAGCCAGUCUUUGAAGGCAGAAAAGCGGUCACGCGCUUUGAAAGGGAGGGACUCGGCGACCGAAAAAUAUGGAAGUGAAUCGUUCACUUAAAAGAUUCAUUCACAAACACCGAUUCGUUCGCAACAGAAACAACACUAUAGGAUGUAUGAGCUGAAAGCAGCAGCAGCAGUAGUCUGAGUUUCAGCCACAUGCGGCAGUGGGUGAGAGUGAGAAGCACCAACAUAUCAUCCAGCUCAUGUCAAAACGGAAUCAGCAACACAAAAAACCCCGAACAGCGGCUCAGCCAUGGCCUUUUAACAGCGGUCCCUUCGAGCGCGUGGAGUCGCAGCGCAAUCCCCGUAUAUCUGGCGCUGCUGCUAGGGGAAAAUCCCGCUAGUCGGUUUAGCUCGUGACAGAUAGACUGGCCGUUGUGCUGGGAGAUUUCCAUCCAUGGCUCUGGUAACCCUGCAGCGCUCGCCCACUCCCAGCGCGGCGUCCACUUCCAGCACCGCCACCACCAACGCGGGGGAGGACUUUGGAAGUGACGAUGAACGGCGGCUAAAUCAGAGUUUAAGCGAGAGCUUCUUGAUGGUCAAGGGGGCCGCUCUCUUUUUGCAGCAGGGCAGUUGUCCGCAGGGUCAAAGAGGUCAUCCUCACCACAAACAUGCAGGUGACUUACCUCAGCAUCUACAGGUGAUGAUCAACAUUCUUCGCUCUGAAGACCGCAUCAAAUUGGCGGUGCGGUUAGAGAGCGUGUGGUCAGACCGUGUGCGGUACAUGGUGGUAGUCUACACAAAUGGCCGUCAAGACACUGAGGAAAACAUCUUACUGGGCAUGGACUUCAGCAACAAAGACAGUAAGAACUGCUCUAUUGGGAUGGUGCUGCCACUGUGGAGUGACACCAAGAUUCAUUUAGAUGGUGAUGGGGGCUUCAGUGUGACUACUGCCGGGCACACACACAUCUUCAAGCCAGUGUCAGUUCAGGCCAUGUGGUCAGCACUGCAGAUUUUACACAAGGCAAGUGAGGUGUCACGAAGGUACAACUAUUUCCCCGGUGGCAUGGCGCUCACAUGGAUGGGGUACUAUGAGAGCUGUAUCAGCUCGGAACAGAGCUGCAUCAAUGAGUGGAACGCCAUGCUGGACCUGGAAACAUUGCGACCCGACUCUCCUGCAGUCUUUGUUAACAAGCCAACAGAGAGGGAAAGAACAGAAUGUUUAAUCAAAGCUAAACUCAGGAGUAUCAUGAUGUGCCAGGACCUUGAAAAUGUCACGUCCAAAGAGAUUCGUAAUGAGCUAGAGCAACAGAUGAACUGCAACCUGAAAGAGUACAAAGAGUUCAUUGAUAAUGAGAUGCUGCUUAUUCUUGGGCAGAUGGACAAAGCCACGCUCAUCUUUGACCACCUCUAUCUGGGUUCUGAAUGGAAUGCUUCAAAUCUAGAGGAGCUUCAGGAAACUGGGGUGGGCUACAUCUUAAAUGUUACGAGGGAAAUAGAUAACUUUUUCCCAGGAACAUUUUGCUAUCAUAAUGUCCGAGUGUAUGACAACGAGGCCACAGACUUACUGGCUCACUGGAACGAGACCUACAACUUCAUUGUCAAAGCAAAAAAGAAUCAGUCCAAAUGUUUGGUUCACUGUAAGAUGGGCGUAAGCCGCUCGGCCUCUACGGUAAUCGCAUAUGCCAUGAAAGAGUACGGCUGGUCUCUGGAAAAAGCAUACAACUUCGUCAAACAGAAGCGCAGUAUCACCCGUCCCAAUGCUAGCUUCAUGAGACAGCUGGCGGAGUAUGAGGGUAUACUGGAUGCCAGUAAGCAGCGUCAUAACCGUCUGUGGCAUCCCGACUCAGAUUGCGAUCACCCUGAUUGCCAGCAAGCAGCUUCCCCUUGCUGUGUGAACUCUGAGACUGUGGAUCAUGUCACCCCAGACCCCACAAACCCCAGGGUCACCGUAUGCUGUGAGCCUACCGCCCACUCCUCUCCAAUUAGCUUAGAUCUGGACCCCAGCCACCCGCAAAACUACCACUACUACUUCCGUCGCCUGUCAGACUCAGCCCUCAACAGUGAACCUUCCACGCCGAUCCAUGCACCGCCUCUGGUGGAUGUAGAGCGUGUCUACAUCGAGGUUGCAGAUGUGGAGCAAGAUGCGCUUCUUGAUGAUGAAACCUUUGAGGGGCGCGAAGGCCUUCCUUUACCACACUUCGGUGUCCCAGGAGAGGGCACAGCUGCUCAGACCUGUUCUCGAGGGGCGGAGCCUCUGGAGGAGCUACGUCUACGGUUGGAGUUCAGCACGGUGGAAGAAGAGGAUGAGGAGGAGGCUCAGAAAGAGCAAGCUGAAAUGGAGGCAUUAACAGAGGGAGUGAAGAGAGGAGAUGGGAAUGACAGAGGACGGCAAGAUAGUGAGGAGUUGUCGAAUGAAACGGUGAUUGAUCUCGCAAGCCUGAACCAUCUGUGCAACGAGAACUCCAACAACAACAACCACCUCAGAACGCAACAAAAUCUCACUGAAAGUGCCCAUCUGAAGCAGCAUGCUAAGCCGAGGCUUGCUCCUGGUUUGUCAUUCGCUUCCAAGCCCACCCAGACUGCUGUGUUGGAGGCUAACAGACGAGCCCUUGCCCCUUUACCCCUCAGCAUUGUGCCCAGUAUCUCAAUUCAGACACCACCUUGUGCCAACCUGUCUGUGACAGCCAAGAAUGGCAAACUUGCCUCAGAUCCGUGCCUUGAUGCCAAUGCAAUGCCCUUAGGGCAUAAAGAUAAGCCAGAAAGCAAAUCUCUUGACCAAGAAACUGAUAACCGGACACUACUGUUUGAAGCCAAAGGGGAAGGAGAUUCUGAACAGAAAGUGAUUGAUGCACAGGGUUCCUCUGCUCUACUCAGGAACGAAAGAGAGAUAAAGGGUUUGGAGAAGGCAGAGGUGUCUCCACAACAACAAGAGACUCUGUUACAGCUGCAACGCUCCGGCCUUGUUCGCCGCCGAAAAGAGCGCUUGGAAAAACUUUCCGGUCUCUUUCAGGAGCGUGCACGUGCAAAUGAGCAACGGGGAACUGGUUCAAUCAAAUCCGAGGAUGCAAUGAACAAUUCCAGUGAUUCAACCGGCCCUCUCAACAGGCCCAUUGGAACACGGGCAGAUUUCACUACCGAAGUGGCGGUGCCACUGACAAACGAGGCCUUGUUAGCGCUCCUCGGCUCGGGUGGUUUGACACCAGUCUCGUCCCCGCAUGGCUCCACGCUCACCCGCAGCUCCAGCAGCGACAGCCUCCGCAGCGUCCGUGGCAAACCGGGCCUUGUGCGUCAACGUACGCAAGAAAUCGAAGCCCGGAUGCGACUUGCAGGACUUACUGUACCUUCUCGACUGAAGCGCUCCAACUCACUCGCCAAACUGGGCAGCCUAACCUUCUCGUCUGAAGACUUGUGCUCGGCGUGCUCCUCUGAUGCAGGGACCCUUCUCAUGCUCUCUUUGUCCCCAGAACCCGAGCAUUCACUCAGCCCGGAAUGGGCCAGACCUGGGCCCUCGUCCACCUCCUCAACCUCCACAAACAUGGAGGCCUUCAACCAAGCUGAAGCAGGACCUGAAGAGUCCAAGAGCUGACAGCAGGAGAUUCAGCUUCACCUGUAGUUCUGCAACAAAGUUACUCUGAGAUAUUUAUACUUAUAUAUUUUUUAAACAUUUCAGCCACUUGGGAACAUCGGCCAUUCACAGAAGAGUGAAUGUGAGUGGAAGAGUGUCUUCUACAAAAGAAUUGCUUUCUGUAAUGAAUAUAAACAUAAUAUUCAAUGAAUCCAAAACCUUCUGGACAGGCUUUCGUUGCAUGGAACCCAAAUGGAUGUGUAUUGCGCUGACUGAUGAACAGUUCAUGAGGUUUUCACUUCACUUCCUCUCUGCUGUUCUGAAGCAAAAUAAGCACUCGGCAUCCUAGAGGCCAUUACUUGAAAGCAUCAAAAUAGACCAUUGUGUAAUGUUUCCAUCAGCCCACCCAUUUAUCACACCAUAAAUCACCUUAUUUGUGGCCCUGUUUGAGUCACAGAUUCUUUCGGACAUGGUCACACAUUUGAAAAGGGUUUUCAAAUCAUACACCCUGCUGUGUUCUCGCUUCCUUGCUGGACGGUAAAAGGAAAUGGACUCUUUGCAGUGAUUAGGAAAGUUCUUUGAGUGCUGAUUGACUUUUUUAUCAUUCACAGAGCACUGAUGAUUCACUCACAGGUUUCAAACUAAUACCUCAUACCAAUACAGUACUGUUCAUAAGCCAGGCAGAUAACGAAACAGGGUGACUGGCAGCACUUCAGUGUUUGCACACAGCGCAGACUGUGUGGAGACUCAUUGGGAAAGAGGAGAUCUGUUUGGGAUUCUUCUUUCGGAUACUUGAUGAGGGUGAUGAAAGACAAUCACUUUGAAGGAUAAAGAAAAUCAGAGGUGACUUCAAGCUGCUGUUCUCCUUCCGCUGAAACGUUCAUACAUGCAGUUGCUAUUCUUAUGAAUGUGACUGUCCUUGUUGCUGUCAAAAUAGCAGUAGGACUUUUGGGUAAUGAUUACUGUUACAGUCUCUAAUAGCACAUACUUGUAAAGAUUUUAUAUCAACGGGAGCUCCUCCACUGUAGUUUCUCUAGCAGAGCAGCUGCUCCAUGUUUCCAAAUGUGAUACAAAUCAGUAAUUUACCCAGUUAAAGAACGACUGUUAUUUGUUACAUGUCUCCUGUUCUAACGCGUUGUCCUGUUUGUACUUGCUGUUAGUUUUCCAUAAUGAAAGUAAGGUAGAUUGGCCUUUUCUAUACAGAAGUAGAACUGAAGAAUGCUCUGAAACAAAAUAAUACAACACAAGUCAAAGAUAUGUCAUGGUUUCAACAGCUGUUCACCUCUGAGUGUGUGUAUCUCUAUGGGAAAAUCUCAUAAAAGCAUGUCCAGGUUACAUUUUGCCCCAAAAUCAAACGAGAAAUAUCAGAAAUUAUAUUUUGUAUUUAGGAACUGAAAUUAUAUUUUUAAUAUCAUUACCAUUUUAAAAAUGUUUUACUUGUAUUUUUUUAAAAUUCCCAUCACUCACAAUGAUGAUUCCCUUUAGAUUCUGAUUAAGCAUGUGCUAUAAAAAUACUGUAGUACAAUAAUUCAAAAGUUUUUAAAUUGGUAUAAAAUAAAAGCCAU